AUGAGAGGGCCCAAGGCGCCCCAGGUCCCAGGGGAAGGGGGCGCUAAGGAGGAGGACGGGGCAGCUCCCGGGGGGACUCACCUCCGCGCUGCCAGCCGCGGCGGGGGCAGGCCCGGGAGGGGUGAGGGCGCGGCCGGCUCACCCGCCCGCCGCGGAACUGUCCUGGGCGCCCGGCGCGCCCGCGCUCCGCCCGCCGGUUUCCAAGUUGCUCAAUCUGCGGGCGGCUCACGCCCUCCGGGGCCAGCGCCCCACCCGGCGCAUCGGUCCUCUGGGGCAGCCCGGAUCGGCCCUCCUCUCCACAGUCCCCAGUCGGGCGAUCCGCGCCGGGCUCUCCGCCCGCGCUGGGGCUCUCCGUUGCGCUUCGGCUCCGCCGGAGCUCCCAGCCGGGAGAGGGGCUAG